AUGGCGAAUAAUAAAAUGAUAAUGAAUCUAGAUAAUGAUGAUGAUAAUUUCAAUUCAAAAAAAUCUUUUAAUAUUCAUGAAUAUUUAAAAGAACAUCCACUAUUAGCAGGAAUAAUUGUUAAAAAUGAAAUUCUAUUCGAAUGCCAUGGUGAAGCACCUUCACCAUCAAAAGAUUAUGGUCAAAUAGAAAUUAAUUUAGAUCAAAUUAUUAUUCGAUGGUGGAAAAUAACUCUUCGCAAUAUAGAAGGUUCAAUUUAUCCAGGUCAAAUUAAAGAUUCUUAUGAAGAUUUUCUUUACAACAAAAUAGCUCAUCAUGAAAUAAAUCGAAUAUUUGGAAAAAAAAUUGUUAACUAUUGUUUAAAUAUUGUUUCUGGUCAAAUUGAUUUAUUUAAAUAUUUACCAUUGAAUAUUCAAAUAAAAAUAUUUUCAUUUAUUAAUAUUGAUGAUAUUCCACAGAUAUCAUUAGUAUCAAAAUUAUUUCGUUUAAUAUCGCGUCAUAAUGAUCUUUGGAAAAUAUUUUAUAUACGUCAACAUGGGAAAAAAAUAUUGAAAAAUAAAUAUUUUAUUAAUUUAGUUCAAAUACGUGGUUGGCGUUAUCUCUUCUUUACUAAUAAAUUAAAGUUACAAAUGGAAUUACGUCGGCAGGCUUUAUUAGAUGUGUAUCAACAACAGCAACAUUCUUUGGAUUUGAUUAAUAAACAAGAACAUAGACAACAAUUUCUAUUCAAUUCAUCAUCAAUAUUAAAUCAAGACGAACAACGACAAUAA